AUGGCCACCCCGACGGAACCCCGCGACGGCUUGCUGGCUACACGGAGCCCGGAGCCGGCGGCUCAAGACGAUGUGCAGGUGCCGCGAGAGCCAGCAGGUGUCUCAUUGUUGAAGGAGGCUCUCCACACUGCAACAUUGGAGGAAUCGUCUCGUGCUUCCUCUUCCUCUCUGCUGGUGGAUGCAGUGUCUCAUGAUGAGACCAUUCUGGUCUCCCCACCAUCAGGCCGCUUGUCUCCUGGUCCUGGGCCACCCGUUACGUCCCGGAGACCUUGUGGUUGGCCCAAGUCAUUUAUCAUCAGAACUGACCGUGAGGGAUCUGUUCAUAUGUAUCCUCCUAUUGGUGGGCCAUUCCAGAGCUUACAGGAAGCUGAUGAUGCUAUUGUUCGCCAUCUUGAUGAUCUGCGGGAUAAGACAGUGUGCCUAGCUGACCUUUCCUUGAUGGAGAAAGUUGUACAACAUGCGCUUUACUGGCCUGAUGGCACAAGGAAGAAGCUUUCAAAGUCAUCAGUAGAUCCGGAAAGAAUUAACCAUACACGCCUAUUGGUUCAAGCUCUACUGGACAAAUAUAAUGAGGACCACAAUCUUUUGAACCUUGCGUAUGAACUCCAAGAUAUUGUGUGCAUCCGAUCAAUUUGUGAGGGAAGACCCCAUAACUGUAAGUGGUACUAUCAUCUCAAUUUCACCGCAAGGACUAAAGGAGGCGAUGAAUUUCACAGUGGCAUCGUAAAUUUGUUCUUUGCGGAAGUCGCGCGUAUCGGAGGAGCAUAUAAGGAUUUUGUGCUCAGCUGUUUCUACAUGCUUAAACCCAAUGAUAAUGGUCACUGCCGUGGUUGUACAUAUAACAAAAGGGUUAACUUGAAGCACCCUAAUGACGCUGAUGAAUACUCUGGGGGUCACUUGGAUCCAUAUUUGCCGUAUGGUGGUGACACUACUAUACAACAUAGCGGCUCUGAUGAGAAUUUGGAUGCGGACGAGGAGGAAGCUAGGCUUCAAGCUAAGGAGGAGGCUAGGGUAAAGCGUAUAUACGCGUGCUUUGAUGAUCCAAGUUUUUUGGAGCAAAUGAGAAGGCGUUUCAAAGAUCAUCCGCAUGCUGAAACAGUUUUUCAGCUAAAAAAAGAGACAAAAUCCUCAGAAUGCAACACCAUUAGUGGACCAGCAGGGUGCAGCGGAAGACUGAAGUGACCGAAUGCGACUCCACCUACUUAUGCCUUAUACUAAUUUGGAAGAUUAGAAUUUCGUAGAAACUCUAAUGGCCGGGGA